GCAUCGCCGCUGCCCCGAUCAGGAAGUGGAUGUGAAGCAAAUAAGCGACUGUGGAGGUAGGAUGACAUAGAGGGGGAGAGGUGUAAGCGAAGCGAGCAGAAGGAAAGAAGAGACCGUCGGAGGGAGGGAUCGACCCUGUUUCUGGACCUGCACUGAGCUGCUGCCCUCUGGGAUAUAGUCCACUGCGCCGCCAAAAGAUGCUCAUAAAGGAAUUUCGAGUGAUUCUUCCCAUCUCUGUGGAAGAGUACCAGGUUGGCCAGCUGUACUCUGUGGCUGAGGCCAGUAAGAAUGAGACGGGUGGAGGAGAGGGAGUGGAGGUGCUCAAAAACGAGCCCUACGAGAAAGAUGGAGAGAAGGGACAGUACACACACAAAAUUUACCAUUUGCAGAGUAAAGUGCCAUCAUUCGUCAGAAUGUUGGCUCCAUCCUCUGCUCUCAAUAUCCACGAGAAAGCCUGGAACGCAUACCCUUACUGUCGCACAGUCAUCACUAACGAGUAUAUGAAAGAUAACUUCCUGAUCAAGAUUGAGACAUGGCACAAACCUGACACAGGACACCUUGAAAAUGUUCACGGGUUGGACCCAGAAACUUGGAAAAAGGUGGAUGUAGUCUAUAUUGAUAUUGCGGACUCAUCCCAAGUGGAACCCAAGGACUAUAAGGCAGAAGAGGACCCACGCAGGUUCAAGUCAGUGAAGACCAGCCGAGGCCCUCUAGGACCAGACUGGAAGAAGGAACUUCCUAACAAGAAAGACUGCCCACACAUGUGUGCCUACAAACUGGUCACCGUCAAGUUCAAGUGGUGGGGUCUGCAAAAUAAAGUGGAGAGCUUCAUUCAGAAGCAAGAGAAGCGUUUGUUCACUAAUUUCCACCGUCAGCUGUUCUGUUGGAUCGACAAGUGGAUCGAACUGAACAUGGAAGACAUUCGCCGUAUGGAGGAGGAGACGCGCAAGGAGCUAGAUGAGAUGAGAGUUAAGGACCCGGUGAAGGGGAUGGUGGCUCUCGAGGACUGAGGUCGCGUCAGACUGUGAAUGCUGCUGCUCAUCAGACCAGAAUACCCAGACACCAGCGGAUUCACAUCCUCCCUCUCCUCCAACUGAUACAACACCUGACCAGUCGCUCCAAACUCUUCCUCUCCCCGGUGCAAUCUGGAUUUUCGGGGACCUGGACCCAGUAAACUCCCAGUUUUUCAGACGAUCUCCUCCACCCCAUCCCACCUCCCCCGAGUCCCAUCCGUCUCUCUUUCUUUUUUUCCAUCCAGCGUCCCCAUCUUGAUAACUGCUCUGAGGCCUCUGGUAGCAACACUAUAGAUUUUGUCGGUCGGUCUGUCCUCUCUUUCUCUCUCAGUCUCUAAACCGUUCUAAACUACAGAGAAUAGUGUCAUAUACUCUGCAAUUUAGGAUUUAUUUCUACUUAAGAUAUCCCAAUGUGUACAUAUACAGUAUAUCCGGGAGCUGAAUAAUUGUAUUGAAAUAUAUAUAUAAAUAUAUAAAUAUAUAUAAACAGGGUUUUUAAAAAUGAUUUUGUCCCUCAGUUUGUCUGUGGAUGUGUAUUGUUCCAGACCAAGCUGUGUCUGCUCAGUGUUGCGUUCUGAUCCUGUGAUAGUUAUUUUUUCUCGUUUUACUUUUAUUUCUUAUUUUUUCUGGAUUAAUCGUAGUACCUCCCUUUGCUCCAUUCGUGUCAUGUUUUAUGCAGUGGGGAUUUUUCGCCCUUUUUGUUGCUCAAAGUCAAUUUGCUAAAUCUACAAAACCGCAGCUGCACGGUCGCAAUUGUGCUCAGAGUGUUAUGUUGUGUCUGUUGUGCUCCUGGCCUACCACAUAGGAUUUCUUCGCUGUAUAUCCCUUAAUAUGUUGAUGCGUUCAUUAGGCUUUUCUGCUGCUUUGUGAGUUUGUGUGUGUGUGUGUGUGUGUGCGAGUGUAUGUGUGUGUGUUUCUGUAGACAUUGUAGGUCUUAAAGGUUUCCAUACAUAUCUUUUUAUAAUUUUUCCUUCACCAGAUCAUUUCUAGCUCGAGGAACAUUUCUAGUCAGGCUGUUCAAACAGUACAGUAAUGCACACACACACACACACACACACACACACACACACACACAAAGAAAGACUCUCUUCUACAAAGUUAGAAGAUGAAAUGUGUGUAACGCUACAAUGGAAAAUGCACAGUAGACAUUUAGACAAUUAGAGGGAGUGUAGGACUGUCUCUUUUUUCUCUUAGUCUGACUAUCUCUCCGUCCACAUCAUUCAAAGAGGUCAAAUGCAAAACUUGUCAACAUGGUGGUGAUGUUUAAACGAACAGCCAUCCAGGAUAUACAGUGCAGUAGAAAGAAAAAAACUAAUGUUAUUUGAAAACUUUACGUCCUCUGCAUGAUUUUAUUUUUGCCCUGUCAGCCAGUCUGUCAUUCCUCCAGUGGAUAAAUGGUAUUAUCCAGUGAUAGCAAUAACUACCAUGACGCAUUGGUUCUUACCUUUUAUCAUCGCAAAAUCCAUUUCACAGUUUGUUUUUAUCAUGACAACCGCUGUAGUGAAACAGUGUCCGAGCUGAGAGUCAAGUUGUUGGUGAAAUAUUAAAAUGCUGGUUUUAUUGUGAUUGGAUGAGGUGUUUGUUUUUUUUCUCCCGCUGGAAUCUGAAUCUGUUGUUUGUGACGGUGUUGGUUUUUUCGGUAUAUGCAUGAGUGUACAUGAGUGAUGUAUGGUGUCUUGUUGAAGAGAUCUGAUGCUGGCUGGGUAAAGAAAGGGAGGACGUAUAGUGAAGCUAGAGGAGCGAUCGCAACAUGCGUUAUACCUCUUCCUCUUGUUGAUGUCUGUUUGGCCUAUUUUGUCCUCAGUCACUUUUAUUUUCCUCUUUUCCAUCAUUUCCUUCACCUCCUCCAUAUGUUCGUACAGUGUGGGAACUUCAGAGAGAAAGCAACAGAAAACCAUUGGUAUGAUGCUGCUGACACAGGUAUUCACUCAGAGUUAAUACAAUGGGAUUGGAUUAAGUGUCAUGGACAAAUUACUGCCAUCAAAACAUGUAUUUAUAGUUGUAAGCACUUGACAUUUAUAAUCAAAUAGAUUACAUUGAGAUUUGUGGAUAUAAGAAAAAAAUGAUAUUUUGCAUUAAUGACUGAAUCACAUACUGUAUAUCCAUAUUCUCAUGUUUUUGAGCAGAGGUUUGGCAUUUUACUGGAUCAAUUCAAUUUACCCAGAAUUCUAGUCAAGACUACGAAAGAUAAUUUCAAUCGCUUGAGGGAAAAAAAUCUUCUCUUUAAUAUCCAUCUCAUGACACUUCCUCCCUGUCUUGAUGGAGUAUCUGUUGCCUCCUCUUUGAAGAAGACCCUCUGUCCCCCCCGGUCGUCCCCCCUCCUUUCCCCUCUCUCUGUGUCCAUCACGCAUCUCACUCACUGUCAGUGAUGGGGCUACCAACUGAAUCAUGGAGAUUUUGUGGACGUACUGUAUGUACUGACUUUGUAAAUAGAAAAUAAAGUAAUGUAGAUGAACACAUAAAUAUAUAUAUAUAGACCAGACUGUCCUGCCAAAAACCUACAGCACCCCCUCUUGGCACUUGAUCCUCUUAUUCCGUCCGUCCGAAAUCUUCAGCAUCCCACAGACCAGAGUGACCAAGUUGCUCACAGAGGUGUUGUGAGGAUGUGUAGAGAUAUAGUCGUAGUGCUGAUAAGACCAUUUCGAGGAGUACUGUCAGCUGUAGACAUAAUUAAAUGAAUUCUUACAUAUUGUUAGUGAUUUUUUUUUCUUUUUCUGCUGGCUGCAGAUUUUUAGGAUGCGCCAGCAAAGCAGUGGAGAGAACAAAAAUAAUGAAAAGCAAAAAGCCUGCUCACUACUCCCUCUCCUCACGCUCUUCCCUCCUCACAGGGACCACGUCUCAUUGACAGGACAGUGUAUAGAUAUAUAUUUUUGUUCUGGGUGUUGUUGUACCUCUGUUGUCGGUCUCUGAACUACACUCGCCUCUCUCUCACGGGACGUAUUCCAUAACGGCAGCUUGGGUCAGGCCAUUGAUCCACAUUACUCGCGGAUGAUGUCGGCACCACAAGUGGAGCCUGGGUUAGAUUUGGAUCAGUUUUGCCCCUCUUGUGAUUCGUGAUGGAGGGAAAUUACUCCUCUGAGCAGAAAAAGGUAGAUCCAUUUUAAGAGCCUGACACACCACACCAACCGGCGAGAGAACGUGGUUUAACAGAGACAAUCUCAUAGAUAUCUGUUGUUAGAUUCCUCAAUUCAUAAUCAGAGUAUGAAACCAGAUGAUUCCAAAACUGUUUUGAAAUUAUUAAAUCUCUCUCUCUCUCUCUCUCUCUCUCUCUCUCUCUCUCUCUCUCUCUCUCUCUCUCUCUCUCUCUCUCUCUCUCUCUCUCUCACUCCUGUUGACCUGUCUCCUGUUUUCUUUCUUUUAUUGUGAAUUUGUGCCUUUUUGUCAUCUUAUCUUCCAAUAACACUACUGUACAUUGGAGACGUAAGAAAUGAAUAAAAAGAAGCAGAGCAACUGUACAGACGUUUUGAUGUGAA